UCUCGAAAGGUGGGCGUGCCAGUCGGCAACCCAUUACAGUUAUCUGCAGUCGGAUCAGUUUCUCAGCGAUUUUCCUUCACGUUUGGCCUCAAAAUCAUUGAGACGUAGUCAAAAUGAAGAAAACUCGCUGCUAAUUCGACCGGCGCGGCUUUCUCGCUCAGGUUCGGCGCGGUUCGAUGACCUUUUAAUCGGAGAAUCGCACAAGACAUCAGUCUCGAGACGUCCUGCCUCCUUACGAAAAGGAAUACAUAGAUACAAAUGAUGACCAGUAUGGAGCCGAGGGUGAGCCACCCCCGAAACACAAACCCCAUCCGGCAGUCGUGCCAGCACUGCUUUUUGCUGGUCAAAUGGAUACCGGUGGUGUUCAUCAUGUCCAUCAUUGCCUGGUCCUAUUACGCCUAUGUCUACGAGCUCUGCAUCCUCACUGUCAACUCUGUCUUAGAUCAGAUUAUAUAUUUGGCGGGGUACCAUCUAAUUUUUGUGAUAUUCAUGUGGUCCUACAUAAAAACCAUCUUCACGGAUGUUGGAGGGGUUCCUCCUGAGUUCAAACUACCACAAUCACUGUACGAUAGACUGAAUGAAGCUGAUUCUGAGGGCACCACUCGUCAGCUGCUGGACAGCUUUGCUCGAAAUUUGCCUGUCAGUAAUACAACUAUGAAUGGAGCUGCACGGUAUUGUGAGAAGUGCUACCACGUGAAGCCAGACCGUACGCACCACUGCAGUGUGUGUCGAAAGUGCGUGCCGAAAAUGGACCACCACUGUCCCUGGGUCAACAAUUGCGUGGCCUUUAAAAACUACAAGUUCUUCGUGCUGUUUCUGGGCUACGGCCUCAUCUAUUGCAUUUUUAUCAGCUUGACCAGCCUGCAAUAUUUCGUCGCGUUUUGGAAGUUCACAUCGCAGGGCCACCUAGAGGGCAUGGGCAAGUUCCACAUAUUGUUCCUCUUUUUCGUCGCGGUCAUGUUCGCCAUAUCCUUGGGCUCUCUCUUUUCGUAUCACUGCUACUUGAUCACGAAAAACAGAUCAACGCUAGAGUCGUUCAGGGCGCCAAUUUUUCACUCCGGGCCUGACAAGGACGGCUUCAGCCUCGGCAGGUAUAACAACUUUCAGGAGGUUUUCGGGGACAACAAAGCUCUCUGGUUUCUUCCAAUUUUUACUAGUAUGGGGGAUGGCCUGAAAUUCCCAAUAAGAUCUAUGACCUGUUAUGAAGCCAUGGGCAAUACCCAGCAAAGUCUCGGGGAUGGUGUAACGUUUCCUCAACGCUGCCUUGAUGAGGAUUCGCAGCAACUGUUAGCUUCUAACCAAAGGUGGUCGGACACAGAGUCUCCUCCACCUGAAAGACAUCAGGUCACAGUUCUUAUUGAGGAUGACAGUGAUUAACAGAACUGGAUGUGAGAAUACUGUAAUAGAAAUGCCACAGCCGUGCGUGUGAUCUCUAAAAGCUGCGCUUCUACCCUUGCAAAUCAUCUGUAGGAAGACUUGAAAACUAGGAAACAAAUGGUCGAAAAUAUACUUAACAAAAGAGAACUCUGUUGACUUCAGAAACACAAACUCAAGGCUCAAGCACCUCUACGAGAUCUUGAUUUUUUAUAAAAUAUACAUACAUGAUAAUAUAUAUAUUCUUUUUACUUGGUCUGAAUGUCCAUGCGAAACCAAAAAUCAACACACCCUUUAAAUGUGAAUUAAAAUACAUAUUUACAUUUUGUGUUUAACGAAAUGUGAAAAUUGAAGGCAGGAAUUAUUAGUCAAUGGUGAUUUCGUUGUUGCUUAACAAUUUUCACAUUCCAACUUUGGAACCUAUUUUUUAAAUAUGUAUAUAGUAUUUAAGUGAAUCAAAAUCUUUUUACAGCACAAAAAUAACACCCGCUUGUUCUAGUAUUGACUGUCAUCGAGUCAUCAAAUUUUUUUAUUUAUUCAAAAUCGAAUUUUUGAUUUAUAAGAGAAUACUCUUUCAUAUCAACUAAUUUCAUUAUUGAUAUAAAUUGUAUAGUAUUUUAGAAGCCCCCAAGUCACAAUGCAUUUGAUUGUAAGAAUAAAUAAUAUGUGAAAUCCGUCAUAGAAGAAUAAACUCAUAAAAGCGAUUCGUGUAAAUAAAAUAAAUUGAAAAAAGCGUUUUUGAUUUUGUCAAA